AUGAAGCCCAGCAUUCUGCCACUAGAAUCGCGGCCCGCAAUUUUGCUGCGGCGAGCUGUUGUUGGGUCUUUUUUGCUAUUUGUUUUACUUUUGGGCAUUCCCCUCUGGUAUAAAACGACUUCUAUCUACCGCGCUCCUCUCAAUUAUACCCAAAUGUCUACAUAUGACGAGCGGCUCGGAUCUCUUGUUGAUGUUAAAGUCCCAGUGUUUGUUCACUCAGCAGGUCCCAUGUUACCAGACAUUGUCAGUGCCACUCAGCUUAUAAUUGAUCAACACUUGAAAAAACUUGGUGUUCCCACUAAUCCUGGAUGGGACCUUUCCCUUCACCCUCUUCCAGUUCCCAAAGGAUACUCUACAGACAACAUUACAUUUUCUCAGCUCCAGCAACUAUUAGACAUGAGCGGUGAAUAUUGGGACGCUGAAAGUGCAUCUCUUGUGCAGUUGGUCCCUACAAAUGGUGUUGAGGAGUCUCGAGUAUCACCCUACGCACGCGAGAUCCUUGUAUCUUACUCCGAGCAAUCUCUGGCCGCUGGUGAUUUGCCGGAAUUGCUAGCCGUUGAACUCAUCAAUAUUUUCGGUGAUGAGAUUGAUCAGUAUGUGGAUCUUGUUCGCCGCCGCGAACCUCCGGGUCAAGGUCUAGCAGCUGCCCACUCUACAAACUAUCAUAUUACCUUUUCGCUUUUUGUGGAAGGAGGCGAAGAUGUUGCUUGGGAUAUCGCACCAGCACUUGCGAGCUACUUUGCACCUCUUGAGCGUGAGCUCUCAGCCCGUGUCGCUAAUUUCUCUAUUGAUACCCAGGUCCAAUUUUAUUCGACUCUCACUAGCCCGCCAAAACAAGUGAUUGAUUCCAACAUCACGCAUUACUUUUUUACCCAAGACGAUCUCUCGACCUUUGUCAACUUUGCUGAUUGGUCUCUUUCAUCAAUUUACUCAUACCCUUCUAUAAACUUCAUCCUUUACGUCCCUUCAGCCAAUCAUUCCCCUCUUCUAGUUGAAAAUUCUCCAUCAAACUCUUUUAUAAUCCCUCAAUGGGGUGGUGUCGUCAUCUACAAUAGCAAAAGCCUUCCAGUCCGUCUGUCAACCGAAGACUUGGAACCAAUUCUGGAGAUUUUCACAGCACAGCUUUUUUCGCUUCUCGGUGCACCACAUAAUCCGGUAUCUUCUCCGCUUUUUCGUAUUGAUAUUCUUUCACGUGCAUUUGCCCUGCGCUCCCUUUUUUCCGCAGCAUCAUCUCUUGGAUCGUUAACACGUCUCUCACAGUCUCUUCCAGAGAUUGCAAUUCCAAAAUCGGUUCAAACAAACGUUGUUAACGCCGUUACAAGCAUUGUCUUGACUCUUGUUAGCUUAAAUUCUCAGCGAUUUUGGCCAUCGGCAGUCCACUCUGCUGCCGCUGCUAUGCAAGCUGCACACAAUGCCUUUUUUGAAAAAAUGAUGGUUCAACAAAUGUACUUUCCACAGGAGCAUAAGAUUGCAGUAUACAUGCCACUUCUCGGACCUAUUCUCAUAGUAAUGACCAUGGGCCUGUUACGAGUUGUCAAGGAAUACAAAUCAACGGGCAAAGAAGAAGAAUCUAUUCCUGAAGAAGAUUCCAAGGAAGACACCCCAAUUGCAUACACUUCAGGAUCCACUCCUUAUUCAACUAAAUAG